CAUUUCUGCGGAAGAGACGUCCUCACGAGGAGCAGACACAUUCCACUUCGGUCUUCUCACCUUUCUAACUGAAGCCUCAAGAUGUCCACCAAGGAGAAGCUGAUUAGCCACGUGAUGAAGGAGGAGCCUGUUGGCAGCAGGAACAAGGUGACGGUGGUGGGUGUCGGCAUGGUGGGCAUGGCCUCUGCCAUCAGCAUACUGCUCAAGGACUUGUGUGAUGAGCUGGCGCUGAUUGAUGUGAUGGAGGACAAGUUGAAGGGUGAGGCCAUGGACCUGCAGCAUGGAUCCCUCUUCCUCAAGACACACAAGAUUGUAGCCGACAAAGACUACAGUGUGACUGCCAACUCCAGAGUGGUGGUGGUGACUGCUGGUGCCCGCCAGCAGGAGGGCGAGAGCCGUCUGAACCUGGUGCAGCGCAACGUCAACAUCUUCAAGUUCAUCAUCCCAAACAUCGUCAAGUACAGCCCCAACUGCAUUCUGAUGGUGGUUUCUAACCCAGUGGACAUCCUGACCUACGUGGCCUGGAAGCUGAGCGGUUUCCCUCGCCACCGCGUCAUCGGCUCUGGCACCAACUUGGACUCUGCCCGUUUCCGCCACCUCAUGGGAGAGAGGCUCCACCUCCACCCUUCCAGCUGCCAUGGCUGGAUCAUCGGAGAGCACGGAGACUCUAGUGUGCCGGUGUGGAGCGGAGUCAAUGUUGCUGGAGUUUCUCUGCAGGCCCUCAGCCCAAAAAUGGGGACUGAGGGUGACAGUGAGAACUGGAAGGACGUUCAUAAGAUGGUGGUUGAUGGGGCUUAUGAGGUUAUCAAGCUGAAGGGCUACACUUCCUGGGCCAUUGGUAUGUCUGUGGCAGACCUGGUGGAAAGCAUCACGAAGAACCUGCACAAAGUGCACCCUGUGUCCACUCUGGUCCAGGGCAUGCACGGAGUGAAGGACGAGGUCUUCCUCAGCAUCCCCUGUGUCCUGGGCAACAGCGGCCUGACAGACGUGAUUCACAUGACACUGAAGCCAGAGGAGGAGCAGCAGCUGGUGAAGAGCGCUGAGACCCUGUGGGGCGUACAGAAGGAGCUCACUCUGUGAAGAGCACUCCUCUGAGUCCUCCAGUCCACCCUGAAACUACACUCAUUACAGCGCGGCUGACUCCCUCUCACCGUACCUCCUGUGUCCAAGCGGGCGAAUGAGACCUCUGAAUAUCUAAAGGCCAAGUGUUUGUAGCUAAACCGGUGGAGGCUAGAGUUUACCUUCAGAUAUUCACACAUGGGUGUCCUGUGCUGCCUACCACCCGCCCUCCCCUCCCCUCCCCAUG